AUGGGCAUCCAUCGCGAUGCUCGGGCCGCCCAAGCUGGCUCCUCCGCACUCAAUCCAUUGGUUCAAGAAUUUGGGAAUCUUCAAGUCCUGGAUGAUCUGAUUCGCCUGCGGGCUGCCGAUACUAUUCAACAUUCAAUUCUUGCAUAUCCUCAUUCAGAAACGGAUCCUGCUUCGUAUGACUACUAUAGUGGUCAAGAUCUGGAUGUCCUGGUCGACCAGGCUGUCACGGUUCUCAUGGAGGAUGGGUUCAAGCAGAUCAAGCAGGAGGAAUCAACCGUGGCACUCCUCACAUUGUCGGAUUUCGAUAUGGUGAUCACGUUCUUUGCCCUAACUCGGCUUGGUUACACCGUCAUGAUGCUUUCUCCAAGGCUCUCGGGGGAAGCUUGCGUUUCAUUACUGGAAACAGUUGAUUGUUUGACAAUUAUCUAUGGCAACUCAGUUGGGAUUCGCUCAACUUUGGGUGACAUCCUGCGCCGAAGGCUAGUGAGUUGUCGUCCGAUUGUCAACUGUGAGCGAAUCAGAAAGACAGAAUCUCCUGCUUUGGUUCUUCAUCAAAAUAGAAACCCAGAAAGGAUCGCUCUCAUUCUUCAUUCUUCUGGAUCAACAGGGACUCCCAAGCCACUUUUCCUUACGCACCGGGCGAUCAUGACUCACCCUCUCAGAGGCCCUGGACUCACUUCGUUCAAUCCUCUGCCAUGGUAUCACCUCCAUGGUCUAUCUACUGCCUUGCAGGCGAUGUGGAUGAGAAAGACUGCAUACAUGUGGAACGCUGCACUGCCGUUGACCGUUGACUUUGCAAUCGCUGCUCUGGAGGAGACACGACCGGAGUCCUUAGCGGCAGUUCCGUACAUGCUCCAGAUUCUGAUCGAUGAUCCUCGUGGCAUAAAAGCGUUGCGAAAAUGUCGACUGGUCACUUAUGGAGGUGCACCCUGUCCUGAUGAACUGGGGGACCACCUGGUCAGUAAAGGGGUCCGUUUUGGAGGUGCAUUUGGCCUCACAGAGGCUGGGCUCGUUGCUGAAUCCAUAUCUCGCCCCGAAGGUGAUCUCUACUGGAACUAUCUACGCUUCUUUGACAAUAUCCGCCCAUAUGUCUGGAUGAAGCCAGUUUCAAAGAUUGAGCCGCUUUACGAAUGUGUUUAUCUUGCUGGGCAUCCAGCACUCACAACGUCAAACUCCAAUGACCCGCCCGGAUCCUUUCAUUCAAAAGAUGUCUUUACGCCUCAUCCCACAAUCGCAGGCCGUUGGAAGUAUGUGUCAAGACUGGACGAUCGCAUUAAUUUAGCAAAUGGCGAAAAGGUCUUACCACUUCCUAUCGAAGGUUGUAUCAAACAGCACCGUCUUAUUCACGAUGCAGUCUUAGUUGGGGUGGGAAAGGCUGCCCCUGGUCUCUUGGUUGUGAAAGCCGACUCACCUGAAGCACGAACUUUGUCGGAGAGUGAAUACAUAAGCUCGAUCUGGCCAAUAGUUCAGGAGGCGAAUUUACGCGCAGAAGCCUUCUCUCGAGUUUCUCGUGACUUGAUUGCCAUUCUACCUUACGAGGCAAAGUUUCCAAGAACUGACAAAGGCUCAAUGAUUCGAGCUCAGGUUUAUGACCUAUAUCGCGAUCUCGUCGAAAGCCUCUAUUCUAAGGAUAGCACAGUGAUUGAAGGUCUUGAGCUGACGGUGGAUGAGACGGAAGCUGUUCUUUCUCAGAUGGCGCGUGAUGACCUUGGAAUACCAAUAUCAACUGUUGAUGCCAAAUUCUUUUCAGAAGGCAUUGAUAGUCUCAAGGCCAUUCAUUUCCGACGUCUAAUCCUUCAACGCUUCCACUUUGAUCAGAACAACGUACCCGGCUCAAAUAUCAUAUUUGAUGCAGGAAACAUAUCGGUAUUGGCGAGAAGUAUUUGCGGAUUACAAAGAGGGCUCAGUCUAACAGCAAGUGAGGAUGGGGGAUCAAGCAUCCUCAAUCUGGUUGAGAAGUACUCCGUGUUCCAGAGACAUGUUCCCCGACCAACUGCCGUCGGCACCAAGAGUGUGCUGUUAACAGGAGCGACUGGCUCUCUUGGAGCGCACGUGCUGUUUGAGCUACUGAAUGAUGAUUCUAUAUCUGCUGUCUACUGUCUUACGCGAAGAGAAACCCCCUUGGAGGAUAUCAUUGACAGUCUCACCAACAAAGAUCUCAGUGUGUCACCUCAACAACUGACCAAGAUUGUUGCUCUUAAAAGCUGCUUGGACCAGCCCGGCUUUGGUCUGGUAGUGGAUGGCUUGGUCUUUCAACAGAUGCUUGAAUCAGUCUCCCUGAUAAUACACACUGCCUGGCCUGUGAACUUCAACCUUCCGUUAUCGGAGUUUGAGUCUCAUGUCCAGGGAUUAUACAAUCUCACACAAUUCUCUCUGUCGGUGCAACGACAGAAGCCCGCGGUGAUGCUAUUCUGCUCAUCAAUCUCAACUGCCCUCGGCUCCCGGCUUGUCGAGGUUCCUGAAGAGCCGGUCGGCCUGGAAAGUGCUCUGACGGGGUAUGGUCAGUCAAAACUGGCUGGAGAGCGUGUCGUGAGCCAGGCGAGACACUUUGGAGCAAGAGCAUAUUCCCUUCGAAUCGGACAGGUCUCUGGUCACUCCAAGAAAGGUCUGUGGAAUGAUUCGGAAGCAAUUCCUCUAAUGAUCAGAUCAGCCCUGGCCAUGGGCUCACUGCCUGAAUUGCCUGGGACAUGCUCUUGGCUUCCUGUGGACAAAGCUGCCGCAACGAUACUGGAGCUGGCCAAAUCAUGCGCUGUGUCGGGUGGAAUUGGAUACAUUGCAACUGCGAGCUCUUCAACAACACCCUAUGUUGAUGAAUCCAUCUUCAACCUAUGCAACCCGAACGAAUUCAGUUGGGGUUCAUUGCUCGGCACAUUGAGAGAUGCGGGAUUCCGCUUUGAGACUCUCCCCUUCCAUUACUGGUUAAAUAGACUGCGUGAGAGCGAGGCAAGGGGCGAGGAGCUUAUCAACCCAGCUGUCAAGCUCAUUCAACAUUACGAGAGUGUAUAUGGCAGUGAUGGGGUUGCCGUGCGGAAUGGACCGAAGAGAUUUGUGACAACAAAAGCUGAAAGGUGCAGUAUCACAUUGCAGAAUGGGCGACUAAGAAUACUUGAGGACGGAAUCUUGAGAUGUUACGCCGAGGACUGGUUGACGAGGUGGACAAGGCGAACGACCACCUGA